AUGGAAAAGUAUUCGGCUAUGGCGGACAAUUUGAAGCUGGUUUUUGAGCGUGAUUACAUGAAGCUUUUCAAAAUGGUUGAUAAAAAACUUGAUAAUUUUUGUGAACGCAUAAUGGGCGAAUUUUGUGAUAAUACCGUGGAGUUAAAUGAAGUUUGGAAUAUUGGUUCAGCAUCCAAAGAUUUGCUCACCAUUUUCGGAGAAAGAGCGACAGAAAUGGAACUUGCUUUUGUCGCUGCGGGCGGAGAUGUACAAGAUGAAUUUUGGGAAAUUUUGGAGAAAAUUGGAGUCUGA